CCUUUAUUAAGCGGACCGUAUCAGUGAGGCGAUCAUUUUCAGCUGGUCAGCCACUGAUUAAGCCAACAGCGCAUCAAGAUCUGAUCAACAACCACAAACCCAACCAUGAAGACUUCCUGCAUCUUCAUUGUCUCUCUGGUGCUCGUCGCUUUAUGCUCACUGGCUAGAAGUGAAUGGUCCCAGGGUCCCGAUAAGUGCUGCUUUUCUUUUUCUAAUGCAAUAAUUCCAGUAAAGCAGGUUGAGAGUUAUCAUACUACACAUCUUCAGUGCAACAUGAAUGGUGUUAUUUUUAUCACAAAGGCUCCAAGGGAGAUCUGCACUAACCCGACUGAGAAAUGGGUUCAGAGACUGAUGAAGUUGGUGGACAAACAAAACAUGAAGCAAAUGACAGAGGGCGGCUCUGGUGACAGUUGCACUGAUCAAACAUUACCUAAUGAACACUGGUCAGCCAUCGAUAAAGCCAACAGCGCAUCAAGAUCUGAUCAUCGACUGACCACAAACACAACCAUGAGGACGUCCUGCAUCUUCAUCGCCUGUCUGGUGCUCGUCGCUUGCUGCUCAGUUGAUGCAAGUGAUUGGUCCCAGCGUCCUGAUAAGUGCUGCUUUUCUUUUUCUAAUGCAAGAAUUCCAGUAAAGCAGGUUGAGAGUUAUCAUACUACAACUAUUCUCUGCAGCGUGAAUGGUGUUAUUUUCAUCACAAAGGCUCAAAGGGAGAUCUGCACCAACCCAACUGAGAAAUGGGUUCAGAGACUGAUGAAGUUGGUGGACGCUCAAAACAUGAAGCAGAUGACAGAGGCUGGCUCUGGUGACAGCGCCUAAGAUGAGAACGCUCUUCUUUUUACUGAAUAUUUUCUCAACUGUAUUUAAGCUUAACUUUUGUAUGCACCUGCACUAUACUGUUACUCUGUUUUGAAUAUUGUAUGUCCAUAUAUUUAUGCAAACCCUAUUCAUGCUAGAAUUGAAUGUGAAUCUGUCUGUUUUGUUACAUAACUAUAUGAAAAUAAAAAACAUGCAGAACA